AUGGCCGAAUCCCUCGUCUUCACUUAUGGCGCCCCUAACCCAAUUGAUGGACUGCACCUCGCCACGCAGCCCAUCCCCACUCAUGGACCAGAACAAGUUGUCGUUGAGUUCCUCGCGGUCCCCGUCAACCCAUUGGACUUUCUCGUUAUUCAUGGAAAGUACCCAAUCAAACCCAAGAGCACCAUCUUAGGCGAGGAUGGCGAGCAGCGAGCAAUUCCAGGCUCUGAUGGCGCAGCUCGCAUUGUCCAAGUCGGUUCCGCCGUCAGCAACUUGGCCGUUGAUGAUCUUGUUAUUCUCCGGACCCACUGCAAGGGCACAUGGAGAACACACGCGGUGUUCGGCGAGGAGGAUCUCAUCCGUAUUCCGUCCACCGUCAAGCCACAUCUUGCGUCGAUUUUGCGCAUGGGGAUCGCCCCGGCUUAUUUCCUGUUGAGGGAAUACCACAACCUGGAUCCCGGAGACUGGAUCAUCCAGAACGCGGGCACCGGAACCAUCAGCCAUUUCGUCAGCCAACUAGCCCCACUGUAUGGCAUCCGAGUUAUCAGCGUCAUCCGCGACCGAUCCACAGCCGACGAGCUAGAGCGCACUAAACGCUCACUGCGGUCUCAUGGUGCAUCCUUAGUCCUCACGGAAGAAGAGCUCCGUACGACCGAUGCCUUGGCAGGAAAAAGGAUCGUGCUGGCAAUUGACUCAGUCUCGGAUGAUUCACUAGCCCGAAACAUGGUAGCAUCCCUCAUUCCAGGUGGCACGCUUGUAACGGCAGGAUUUCUCGGGACGGCUGAGUCGCAAGAGGGAAAUUUGCGCCAGUUCCUGUGGCAGCGCAAUAUUACGCUCAAAUCCUUCAGGCUAAGCGAUUGCCUCAGCCGACGGGCCCCUCCGCAACAGGUGGCGCUUUUUGAAUGGUUUGCAGAAUUAUUGGCUCAUGGGACCCUGAAGGCACCGGCGCUAGAGCAUGUCGCCUGGAAACGUGGCGCGAAAGGCUUGGAGAAAUUGCUCUGUGAUUCGAUCCAGCGGGCCCAUGAUGAAGCGAUUGGGGGUCGGAAGACCGUGUUUGUGUUUGAGUAA